CCGUCCCAGCCCAGUGAGGGGCCGCGGCGGCCGGGCCGGGCUGGGCAGGGCGAGGCGAGGAGGGUAGAAGCCCUCGCUAUGUUGCCCAGCGCCGUUUACUGGGACCUGGUGGGCUCCUCGGCUCUCCUCAACCUGCCGGCGGCGCCGGGCUUCGGCAACCUAGGCAAAAGUUUCCUCAUCGAGAACUUGCUGCGGGCCGGGGCGCCGAGCCCCGCUCAGCUCCGUCCCCUCCCCGCCAACCCCGUGCCCCUCAAGCUGUGCCCCGCGGCGGAACAAAUCAACCCUUCAGGGGGUCCCUUCCCGGCAAGAUGGGCUUUCCAAGUGCUUAACCCCUCUGCGGCGGACGGCGGCCGCCCGCCAGCGCGGCCCGCGGCGGCGGAGAGAGGCGGCGUCUUCCCGCCGGCAGCCACAGCUCUUUCCAAACACUUUUUUCUCCGAGCCCCGCCAUUCUACUCAGCAUGCUGCGGUGGGUCCUGUCAGCACCCUGCAUCCCCCACUGCUUUUCCAAGGGAGGAAAGUGUGCUGCCUCUUCUGACCCAGGAGUCUAACUCCAAAUCCCGGAGAGGCAUAUUAAGAAGAGCUGUCUUUUCUGAAGACCAGAGGAAAGCUUUGGAGAAAAUGUUCCAGAAGCAGAAGUAUAUUAGUAAAACAGACAGGAAGAAACUGGCCCUUAACCUGGGUCUAAAGGAGUCUCAGGUGAAAAUUUGGUUUCAGAAUCGAAGGAUGAAAUGGCGAAACUCCAAAGAAAAAGAAGUGCUUUCUAACAGGUGCCUCCAAGAAGAAGGUCUUCAGGAGAACUACCUCUCACAAUCCACCAUGAAUUUUACCUCCCCGUGCCCAUCUGUGUGGGAAAUGUCUGAAGAGCGAGCGAGUCCAAGGUGGAGGGAGAAUUCUCCAGGAAAUUCUGAAAGACUGACUAGUGCGCAACCACCUCCAAGAGCAAAUUCAUUGCAGAGCCCACUCUAUUUGUAUCCUGACCAAGACACUGCAAACAAGGCAUCAUCAAGUGUAAGGGAGUAGUGGCAGUUUGUAAAUGGAAUGGGAGAGUGCAGGCUUCAAAUGAGCUGUCUUUUUAAGAUUAGCAAUAUUUGAACAUUGUAAAGCUAACUAGUUUAUGCUUCAAAAAUAUGCUAAAGUCUAACACCAUUAAAAUUACAAACAACUGAUGGCUUAAGAAGUAUUCUUGAAUAUUUAGUCUUUUCUUGUGUCUUUUCCAGUCUUGUACUGACCCUAAAAGUAAAAUAGGAACUGUUGGUAAGUAAAAUGAAGUGAAGAGCAUGAAGCUGAAUUUGUGCUCUGAUUUAUACAUCUGUACUGUAUGUGAUGCUCGUUAAAAACACACUAAUAGAGAAUCACUUUUAUCUCUCAUUGUAGUCAGACCAAUUAAUUUCUUCUGUGCAUGAGAUUAGAAAAACUCUGUUUCUCUC